GACAUCGUCGAAAUACGCACACGAUGAAUCUCUCGUUAUACGCCGUGAAUGCUUUCGUCGUCAUCGACUCGGACGGCCACCGCGUUCUGGCCAAAUACUAUAGUCCGAAGGGGCAGAGCUAUCUUGGCGGAGAGGACUUCAACAAAGGUCUUCACACAUUCAAGGAACAACGAGCUUUUGAGAAGGGCUUGUUCCAGAAGACCAAGAAGCCCGGAGGCGAGAUCAUCCUUUACGACGGACAUCUGGUUGUCUACAAGCAUUCGCUUGACGUUAUAUUCUACCUGAUUGGCGGGCCAUCGGAGAACGAGCUGAUGCUGCACUCUGCACUGACGGCGUACUCUGACGCUCUUCAUAUGCUCUUGCGGAACCAGGUCGAGAAGCGGGGGCUGCUGGAGAACUUGGAUCUCGUGGUGCUGUGCUUGGAUGAGACUAUCGACGACGGGAUUAUCGUGGAGACAGACUCGACAACGAUUGCCUCGCGCGUCAGUCGACCAAAAGCCGAUACGACGGACAUCGUAAUCAACGAACAGACACUGAUGAAUGCGUAUCAGACGAUGAAGGAGAAAAUGCAGCAGAGAAUUGGGCAGCUAUAGGGCUGAUUCGCCGUUCGCUCUGUGUGUACUUUUUGUCUAUCUUUGUGUUCGCCCUUCGAUGAUAUCACUACUUUCGAGUAUGUUUGACAUGCACAUUAGGGUUCAGUGAUGUAAGUUCCUCAGUUUCGCCGUUUCGAACGCCGCGGACGGCUGUCAAAAUUGAUCUGGGCUGUGAUACCAGCAUACCACUC